AUUGCAUGAUGAUUUUAACCCAAUUUUAAGAAUUUAUCAUUGAACUAUUGAUCAAAACAAGAAUCAAAUUAAAAACUUAAUAACAUUAGAGAAGCAAGGUGUGGAUAUAGUUUUGCAUCUUUUGAAGUUUCGCGUCGCUAAUAUGUGAAAAAAAAAACAAAUAAAAGCAAAAUCAUAAAAGUUGUCAUUAAAGUCAGUAUAAUUAAUAAAUUGAACCAAUGAUGGAUCGAAAAAAGAACACAAAAGUCACUCCAGAUAGUGAACAUCAACACAGAAUUAAGCGACUAUUGCAGGAACUGGAGAAAGAGUUUGAUAAUUUAAUAUCAGAGAAUUUAAACUUACAAGAGCAACUUAAUCGAUUAAACACUGAAAGUGGGACAAAUACAAAUAAAGAGAAUGAACGUGCAGAUUAUAAUUAUGAAACAGAAAAUAAAAAGCUAAAAUCCAAAAUAACAUCCAGUGGAAUUAAAAUUAGAGGACAGGCGAGUAGAAUUGUCUCUAGUUUCAAGACCCAAUCAAUCGUAUGUAAUUUGGUCAGAGAGUUUAGUGGUGUACAUAAUGAUGGUAUUUGGGAAACAAGUUGCAGUCAGCUCCAUCCAAUCAUCGCUAGUGCGUCCGCAGACCAUCUUUCAUGCAUAUUUAGUAUUGAUUCUGGAAAAUGUUUAUUGAAAUAUGAAGGACAUACCGGAUCAGUUAAUUCCGUUAAAUUCCAUCCAUCCAAAGAGUUAAUGUUGACAAGUUCAGGUGAUAAUACAGCACACAUUUGGCAAGGUGCUGUUAAUUAUGAGACAGUCUCGACACGUCGUUGUGGAUCAAGCGAGGAAGAAUUAGAUGACGAUACAGACGAUAUUAUACAUCAUGAAGAAAAAGAGCGAAUAGACACGUUAAGAACGCCUCUGCAAGAAUUUAGUGGACAUAGUUCGGUCGUUGUAUCUGCUGAUUGGAUCUCACAGUCAAAUAAUGAGUCACCGACACAAAUAAUUACAGCAUCAUGGGAUCGAACUGCAAUACUUUGGGAUAUUGAGACAAAGACACCUAUUCAGACACUUACAGGACAUGACAAUGAGCUUACUCACUGUUCUGCACAUUCUAGUAAUCGAUUAGUUGUUACCAGCUCACGAGAUUCUACCUUUCGACUAUGGGACUUUAGAAGCGACAUCCCAGCAGUAAGCGUUUUUCAAGGUCACAUCGAUAGCGUGACUUCGACAAUAUUUUCAAAAGAGGACCAAGUAUUAUCUGGUAGUGAUGACAAAUCAGUUAAAAUAUGGGAACUAAGGAACAUGAGAUCGCCGCUCUUUACAAUUCGUACUGACAGUGCAGUAAAUCGUCUUGCUGUGUCAUCAAAUGGAUUAAUUGCAAUUCCAAACGACAAUCGAUCGAUCAGAAUAUUCGAAUUAAAUGGUCAGCGAAUUAGUCGCAUUCAAAAACGUUCACAUCGUCGCAUGGUGACAAGCUGUUGCUUUAAGGAAGGAUCGUCAGUAUGUAAUUUGUUCUCGUCAGGAUUCGAUAGGAAAGUAUAUGGAUGGAAUAUAUCUGUGUAAACAGUAUAUAAUUAACAUCCAAUUGAAGCCAUAGAAGUUACCCCAAAAUUAUUAUAUACUGAUUUGAUAAUUAACUGAUUAUUAAGGUUUCAGUAUUAUUCAGUCGUUAUAAAGAUAAAAAGAAACUAAUGUUAACUUACUAACCUAUUCAGCAAUAUUUGAAUUAAUAUUAACUAUACCUCUCCAUGCAUCUUAUUACUAAAUAUAUUCCUUUUUUAUACUCGGUAUAAAGUACUAGUAUGUACCCUGGUUAGCUUUAAUUUAUUUACUCUAUUGGAGUUGUUCAAAAGUGAUGUCCAAAAAUUAAGUUUCAAUAAUGUUUGACAAAUGCAACUGAAGACCUUAAAUUGGGUCAGCUAAAACUGACUAAGGUGAUUCCGAAAUUUUAGACGUUAUUCAUGAACAAAUCCAACAUUAUACUUUAAAUGCAUUUGGGGUCGUUCACAGGGGCGUAGCCAGAAAAUUUUGAAGGGGGGAGCCCAUUUUCGAAAAUUAAAAAACCGUUAUUUUGUAUCUUAAAUCUAUAUUCAUUCUUCAUAAGUUUAAAUAUUUCAUUCAUUAUUCAUACAUUAAAUUUAAUUUUUCGUGCUGAUUUUGACAUUUCUUUCAUCACUUCCUCUACAUUAACUGGUUCUUCUCUAUAAAUA